GACGGAGGCAGAAUCAGAAUGCUCUUAUGUGGCGAGCGGAGCAGAAAUCUGUGCGCAACUGGAUAAAAGAGAAAAAGUGGGGUCCGAAUGGAGCACAAAAUAACAGGAAUAUUACAUGCUGGGUGUUUUCUCUUAAAUGGAUUACCAGAGGAAUAUGACAUUCAGUCGGAUUGCCCAAUUCAUGAGUGAAUUCGGAUACGCAAGGUAACAACUCUGCUAGUGUGAAGUGUCGUCUGUGAGCAGCCAUGGGCCAGAGAGCUGCGCUUCUGCUCAGUGAGCUGCUGCUGCUGCUGCUGCUGCUGACAGCCUCACGCACUCUCCUCGCAGUCAGCUUCCCCGAGGACAUCAUACCCCUUGAUGUCGUUGACGCACACUUUUCACGGAGGUACCCUGUGUUCAGAGGCAGGCCCUCUGGCAACGAGUCACAGCAUCGCCUCGACUUUCAGCUGAUGACCAAGAUACAGGACACUCUGUUCAUUGCUGGCAGAGAUCAGGUGUACCUCGUCAGUCUGAGAGAAUCCUACAGGAAUGAGAUCAUUCCUUACCGGAAGCUAACGUGGCGAUCGGGCCAAGCUGACAGGCAGAUGUGUGCCGUCAAGGGAAAACACAGAGACGAGUGCCACAACUUUAUCAAAGUGCUGGUUCCCAGAAACGAUGAUCUGGUAUUCAUCUGUGGCACCAAUGGCUUCAACCCCAUGUGCAGAUACUACAGGCUGGAUAACCUAGAGUUAGAUGGUGAAGAGAUCAAUGGGUUGGCACGGUGCCCAUUUGACUCCAAGCAAACCAACGUUGCCCUUUUCGCUGAAGGGAAGCUGUAUUCUGCCACUGUAGCUGACUUCCAGGCCAGUGAUUCUGUCAUCUAUCGUAGUAUGGGUGAUGGAUCAGCCUUGAGGACUAUCAAAUAUGAUUCCAAAUGGCUGAAAGAACCUCAUUUCCUGCACGCAGCAGAGUAUGGGAAUUAUGUGUACUUUUUCUACCGAGAGAUUGCAGUGGAGCACAGCAAUCUGGGCAAGGUUGUGUAUUCUCGUGUGGCCCGGAUCUGUAAGAAUGACGUCGGAGGGUCACAGCGGGUUCUGGAGAAGCACUGGACAUCUUUUGUGAAGGCGAGGCUGAACUGCUCUGUGCCAGGGGAGUCCUUCUUUUACUUUGAUGUGCUUCAGUCCAUUACUGACAUCAUCAACAUCAACGGGGUUCCCUCUGUGGUGGGUGUGUUUACCACACAGAUGAACAGUAUCCCAGGGUCAGCAGUGUGUGCCUUCUCCAUGGCUUACAUAGAGAAAGUAUUCUGGGGCCGCUUCAAAGAGCAGAAGACUCCUGACUCUGUGUGGACUCCAUAUCCAGAGGAAAAGUUGCCCAAACCUCGACCCGGGUGCUGUGCAGGUCAUGGUCCAGCUGCGUCCUUUAAGAGCUCCAUCGAGUUCCCGGAUGAUACCCUGCAGUUCAUCAAGUCGCACCCUCUCAUGGACACAGCUGUGCCUUCCAUUGGGGAUGAGCCUUGGUUCACCAAGACACGUGUGAGAUACAGGCUGACAGCGCUGGCUGUGGACAAUGAAGCAGGGCCCAACAAGAACUACACAGUGGUGUUCAUUGGGGCUGAGUCAGGUGUUGUCCUCAAGGUUUUGGCCAAGACCACCUCCAUGUCCCUGAAUGACAGCCUGCUACUGGAGGAGAUAGACGUCUUCAACAGGGCCAAGUGCCUGUCUAACCGUGAGGAUGACAAGCGUGUCCUCUCGCUGCAUGUGGACAAAGACACACAUAGCCUGUAUGUCGCCUUUUCAAGCUGUGUGAUUCGUAUUCCCCUGAGUCGCUGUGAAAGGCAUUCUUCCUGCCACAAGUCCUGCAUUGCAUCAAGGGAUCCUUAUUGUGGCUGGAAACCACAUGGAGCCUGUGAGAGGAUACAGCCUGGUGUUUUGACUGGAUAUGAGCAGGAUGUUGAAUUUGGAAACACUGGCCACCUCGGAGACUGUCAGGCGUUUUUGGGCACUACUUCAGCGCCAGAUUACAAAUCAUUUGGCGACCCUACCUCUGACAUGGAGUUUUCAUCAGCGCCAGUCACUGUCCAGCCCAGUGGGCCCAUACACCCCCCACUACUCAUACCCACUCAGAGCCCCAGCUCUGGGCCUGGUCCAGAGCUCUACGGCUCAGGCUUUGUGCUGCAGGAUGACCCAGCCACCUCCCAUUCUUUAGACUCUAUCCCAGGGGGCCAAGAGGGUGUGUGGGAUAUCCAAGCAGGUGAGACCAACCAGAUGGUCCACAUGAACAUCCUCAUCACCUGCGUGUUUGCUGCUUUUCUCAUGGGUGCGCUCCUGGCUGGCCUGAUUGUUUUCUGCUAUCGGGACUCAUUCCUGCGUAAGCCAAGACAUGUCCACAAGGAUGCAGAGUCUGCACCAUCCUGCUCUGACUCCACUGGAAGCUUUGUCAAGCUCAAUGGCCUCUUUGACAGUCCUGUAAAGGAGUACCAAACCAACAUUGAUUCUCCCAAAUUGUACACCAAUCUUCUGAGCAAUGGCAAAGACCUGAAUACACCCAGUGGUGACACCAAGACCAUGAUCCUGCGGGAAGGCUGUCAGCCCCCUGAGUUGGCUGCCCUGCCUACACCCGAGUCCACCCCCGUGCUUCAGCAGAAGGGCCUCCAGCCGAUCAAAAACCAGUGGGAGAGGGCUCACGGCAAGGUCAGUGGGUCCCGUAAGGAGUCAAAUUCAUCAGCAACAGCCAUGAGUCCUCAGUUCCUUCCUUCCUCUCCUGCUCCUCCCAGUGCCAACUCCCACCACCCUCACCUUGCCCUGGGACACUCUCACAUACCUAGUGCAGUUGUAUUACCCAAUGCCACACAUGACCACCCUAACCUUGACAAUGAAGACGAGACACUGCCACAUUCAUCUGAAAAGAAGCCGAAGAACCCAGAUUCUAGGGCAAGUAGGAAAGACCAUAAGAGGUCCGUGGAUGCCAGAAAUACUCUAAAUGACCUUUUAAAACACCUCAAUGACUCUGUGGCCAACCCCAAGGCCAUUCUUCAAGAGGGAUCAGGGCCCCGCCCCAGGCAACACCUCACACUGGAGCCCAUGGAGGAACUAACUGAAGUACCACCCAAGGUGCCCAGCCGGGAGGCUUCCCUGUACUCUCCCUCCUCCUCCCUGCCAAGGCACAGCCCCACCAAGAGGGUUGAUGUCCCCAUGCCCACCACUCCCACCACACCCACGGGCAGCCUGAGCAUGGGGGGCACCCUGGAGAGACAAAGAGGGGGGUACCAACUCCACCGGAGUGCCUCUCACAGGCAGUCUUUAUCCACCUCACCAAAUGGGGUAACAAUGGGGGUGUCUGUGUCUCGCCAGCACAGUAUGAACAGAGGUGGUUACAUGCCCCCAACACCCCCCUCCAGACUUGACUCCCAUGGUGGAGUGAUGGGGGCAGGAAUGCACUCAGCCCACCCAUCCUCUGUAUCCCGACAGAGCAGCUACAGUGGGCAUGGCUCACUCCCUCGCACAGGGCUUAAACGGACCCCAUCGCUAAAGCCAGAUGUGCCCCCCAAACCCAAUGGGUUUUCACCACAGACACCACAGAUGCGAGUGGUCAAUAAGUACAGUUAUUAAAAAGAGCAUGGACACUUCUUAGUGAGCUCUUGGCCUUGACUGUAGAGCUUUGAGCCCUGAGGGCUUGGGGGGGGGUCUAUGGAUGGGGUAGGGCCUAGUGUGUGUUGUGUAUCAACUUGAGGUGUGUUUCCCCUUUAAAUGAUAUGCACAUUCACUCACACUAAAAAGGGAAAAUCACACGUGGCCAAAGAUACUCCUUGGGGCUUUUUCGCUCCCUAUGUCUCCAUCUCCCUCCCUUGUCACAGUAGCCACAAGAUAUGAACAAUGGGCAGUGGUGAAUCUGCAGUUCCCCAUUGUAUCUGGGCUUGGGUGUCACCUGUUCCCAUAUUAGGUACAAGGUUUAGGACACCAGCAGGGGCUGCUACGGUGUCUGUGCAUGUGGUGCCAGGUCAAAAACAGUGGAAUACUUGAAGAAUGGGUUGCAUUUGUCACUGCCCUUGAGCACUGUCUUCCCACUAAUGUGAACUGACCAGAGAGGAGGGGUAGGCCAUGCCUUUGUUAGUAAGAUGGCUGGGGGCAGAGGAGAGUAAAAUCAAUAGUCACAACAUGCGUUUCGUUUAAGAUACAUAUGACUAGGAACAGCUGAAUCAGGCAGUAAGCAAACAGAGAAAGAGUGCAAAUGUAUGUGUUUGUGCGUUGGUUGAUUGGAACGCAGGCUGUUAUCUCUUCUUUGGUCUUAUUUGAACCCACCUGAAGCAAGCCUAAAACAUGUUUUUGUGUCACUCUGAGAUUAAGUUGGUCAUGCUGAGUGAAUACUGGGACAGGGACUAUGUAACUCACUGGGAAAUUACUUAGCACUACAUUUGCUGCUAUUGGUUUUAGACAUUGGUGUUUGAUACAUUUUUUUUCUUCCAGAUUGGGAUAGCCUCUGGUAUGGGUGUGCACAUCUGCUUGUGUGUUUCAGCAUGUGUGUUAUAUUGCAGACAGAGGCCAAGAAGUACAAUUCUCAGCAACCAAACGCACUGUUAAAACUGAUAUAUGGGGAAAAAACCGCUUCUCUCCAGGACUGAAACCUCCCCUAACCUCCACUGCCCCUUUGUAGGAAUUUUACUGAUGGUUCAAGAGACUUUCUUUCUUUAUGUAGCAGUGGUAUUAAGAAAAAAAACAUACAUUUCUCAUCUCAUUCAGUCAAUGAAUUUUGAACAAAAUUAUUUGCCUUUAUAAUGUUUUACUGUUUUAUUUAAAGAAUUUACCAUUAUGAAACUAAAGCAACACCAAUGGUUUAGCCCAUGUAAAUGUAUUCAACAUUUCAGGGCAUUUCUGCUGUAUUAAACUUUUGUGUCCUCUAAUAGGAGAGCACUAGAAUUUUCCUCCUACAUUAAUCCUAUUAAGGGUAUAUUAAACUGACUCUAGAACAAUACAUGGAUGUAACACCUCUGUCAUCUGUCGUGCCGUGUUCCCUGUGCAGCUUCCCUGCGAGUGGCCAGUGUACAAUCAACACAACAUUUACCAAUUUGUCCAAAUGAGUCAUGCUGGGAAUGACAAGAUCCUGUAUAUACUUAAAUACUAUAAAUAAGGAUUAUAAAUAUUUUUAGGCAAGUGAACCUGAAUCUGUGCAUUGUGUGCCUUAUUCACAAAAAGAACAACUACAGUAUAUAAUAUUGGCAAUGUCAAUUGGUCCUCUGUAUGUUAUUGUCAUAUACUAUAUAAAUAAUUUUUACAUAAGCAAUUUGAAAUUCAGCAGGAUGUGUGUGUUGGAAAAUCACUAUCUAAGCUAAACAGACAAGUUGUGGAAACAAAUUGACAAACACCCCACUUGUGAAUGGUAGUCAUACAAAAGGACAGUUAAAAAAUCUUUUUUUGGAGUAUGAAUCAGUUUUUCUCUGGUGGUGUUGAAAAGAAUGGUGUUAAUCCACCACAUAGAGGUGCCAUGCAGUGAAUGUAUUUUCUUGACAGUGGGAUGUAGGGUGGUUAGACCUUGCACUGUGGAGCAGUCGGCUCAAUGCAGCACGUCCUGCCCACAGCCAAUGUAUUAACACAGUGUUCACAUGAAAGCUGUCUGUUGGCAUGGGCGGCGGUCACGCAGAUUCUGUAAAUCCCCGGGAUUGCAGUGACAGGAAUUGUUUCUAUUGGCCAGUAGGGACGACUGAGGGAUCACUUCUCUUAGCAAUGGGUACAUAAUUUGUGUGACAUCUGCAAUCUUAUUCGAGUGUCAGUUGCCUGUUUAGCCCAAAGCCACAUUUUGUUUACAAGUGAUGAUUGUAUGUAAAGACUUUAUGCCUGUCAUCUAACCAGUGUUUGGGCUCUCUUUUCUACUCGACACAUGCACACUGGCAUCACAAACAUACACUCAACAUACACUGCUCAACUGCCUUGUAUAUUGCAAUAUGAACUGGGUCUUUCUGUUGCAAUCUAAAUUGAAGCCUUUAUAUUUCAGUCUGAGCUCCGUGUAUGUGCAGAUGAACCGGAUUUUGUCAAGUAAUUUUGAUUUAAAUACUGUGCAACAUGGCGAUGCAAGGCCAGCUGUAUAUAUGAUCUCCAGAGUAUUUGAGCGUGUAGAUAUGUUGUAAAGUUGUACUGUGAAUGUGUAAAUAAUAAUGAUGGUCUUUGUUUCAUGA